AUGCGGUCAAUCCGCCUUCUUUUCCUUCAAGCUGUGGUCAUUGGUUUUGCUCGACACACCAAAGGAACUGCGACGAGGCAUUGCCCCAAGUUUACGUCUUGUAUUGACAGCUAUGCUGACAUUUAUAAAUCUCUAGCAUCAGAGGAGAACAGUUUCAACAUUGAAUCUGCUCUUUAUCCAGCAAUGAUGCCGUCAUCACUUGUAGUUAAAGUAGAGUUCAUUACACACAAUGAAACAUCAGUGGCAAUUUACACUUGGAGUUUAAACUGUUUAUAUGUUGCUAUUCCUCCUCAAGUCCUCCAACUCCUGUCGCUUGGCUCAGUUCUUGUUGAACCACGCACACAAGAGCUGAAAAUCUGCAUCCCCUAUUUCUGUAAAAAUUUUUCAUCGACCAAGGAACAAAACGACCUGAUGAGGGAUGUUCUCGCUGCGGUACGUAAUUUCACAUUUAGUGUUUGAUAUUUUGUCAUAUACCAACAAAUUUGUAAAAAAACGUUUUCCGGCUAAAUGGAUUUUCUAUCAGACAUCUGCAUUGAUGACCACUGAUAUUUCCGUCCUGUCUGUACACGAACAAAUCUUCGCCAGGGAUAUAAUAACUUACGCCACCAGUAGCUGUCACAAUGUUUUUAACUUCAGUUCCUUUCAACAUUUCUGCAAAGGCGAGGUUUGCGAUUUGUAGCGUACUGCAGAAGUGGCAGUAAAACUUUCGAGAUCCGUACAGCCCUUACAGCUGUAGAAGGCACAAGUGUAAUAAUUGGACUGAUUGGACCCAAGUGUAAUAAAGGUCCAAUCUGUAAUAACAUUUGGACCUUUUUACACUUGGGUCCAAUUAUUACACUUGUGCCUUCUAGUCCCCGGAAUGAUCCCGAACCCGAAAUGAUCCCCAACCCUGAAAUGAUCCCGACCCCGAAAUGAUCCCCAACCCUGAAAUGAUCCCCAAAUCGACCCCGAAAUGAUCCCCAAUUAAUUCUUGGGAUGGAACUUGUAUUGCGUCACGAAAUUAUUACAAAUCUGUUGCAGCGUUUACGUUCUUAAAUCGCGUUUAACAUUUCGCUUCAAAUUGAAAACGUUACAGUCAAGAACAGUAUUUUUCCUUCUUCCCUUCACAUGAGACCCCGCGCGCGCCUCAACCUAAUCCCCAAUCGUCUCUCAUCCCAAAAAACACUAGAUAACUAACCACGUCAUAUUAUGUAAUUUCCGGUCAUUAUUUUACUUCAUAUAUAUUUCUGUAAAUUCGUGAUAUCGCAAUAAACCUGAUGAAGACUGGUAUUGGCCAGUCGAAAUAUCGCAACUUAACUCUAUUUCACAUUGUUUGAUCAGUCCCUGCAAAAGUCUUCUUGACUGUAACGUUUUCAAUUUGAUCUAUUUUGACUGAUCACGAUCUUUUUGGAUCCGACGUUGAGCAAGAUUGAUCGUACACAGUAUUUGCAGUGUUUUUUUUUUUACCUUAAUUAAACGCUAGAAUUUAUGUGAUUUUUUUAGCGCCUUUGUCAUCUAAUCGCUUUUAUGUAUACUUUUGCAUCUUCAACAUCAUUUUAAGAUUUUAAAAAGUGUUAAAACACCAUUUUUAAAAUUCAAUAUCCAAGGCACGCAGUUUUAACAUCAUUUUUAGAAUUUAACAUCUAUGCAGUUUUCUCUAUAACCCGGGCUAUAAUCACCUAAGUAAUAAUUUAAAAAAAUGUUAUGUUUCUUGAUAUUAUCAGUUGCCGUUCAUGGUGUUCCUAAAAAUAUACUAGACUUUGUGUAUUUUUUGAUAAUAAUAUUUUCCGGCGUUUAAUCCAGUUCAAAGUGUGAUCCCAAAUUAAUGUCAUGUGGGCAAGUAAAGAUUAUUAGUGAAGCUUAAGUUAUAAUGUUGUGCAUUUUGCACGAUCCAUAGUUCUAGGAUAUCAUUCCAUUCCUAAAAUUAAAUGGGGAUCAUUUCGGGGUUAACGUGAAGAGAAAUGGGGAUCAUUUCGGGGUCGAUUUGGGGAUCAUUUCAGGGUUGGGGAUCAUUUCGGGGUCGGGAUCAUUUCGGGGGCUGUACAGAUCUUUUUCAAUUUAACAAAAAGAAAAAGUCGUAUAGCCCCUUUACUACAAAUAUGUAACUUGCAAAGAUCAUUUUUGGUUAUUUCUUCCAGUGCCAGCAUGAAUUGUUCACCGAUGUUAUAUUGGUUGUUUAAUGUUUUUUGGUUAAAAGUUUUGCAUUUAAAACUGGCAAACGUGCAUCAAUACAAAUUCAUCAGAGCCGUACAGGUGCUAAAAAGAGCUUGUUCAACCAGUUCCGGUUUUAUUAUAUUACUGAUACGAAUGUUCCGAUAAAACAUUACAGGAAUAGCCUGGAAUACGACCUUAAUGCUAUUAUUCAACUAAUUUAAACUUGUUCCUUCACCUUAGCUUCAAGAUCUGGCCGUGCGUCCAGAAAUAAGGGAUCCAAGACUAAACACAGUAGAGUGCGUUAUAGAGGGACAUGAAACAGACAUAAUGGCUACCGGACCCCGGCGAAGUUCCUACAUAACAGCAAUUUUAUGGUGUGCUUUUUUAUUUUCAUUCUGGGCUGGUCCUUUUAUAGCCGAGGUUAUUAUAGGUGUGUUAAAAGGAGAAAAUAAUGAGUCUCUCUAUUGCUGGUGUAAAUGUGUUCGUGUACGACGUUCCCAGGCUUCAACCGCGGAGACCGAACUAAGUACAUUAAACUCCCCUUCAGAAACUCCGCAAUCAGGCGCGUCUCCAGACUCAGGAGAAAACGGCAUCAUAAGCUCUGUUGUCUGUUUAUUCCAUAUAUUAUUUUGCAUUGAGAUUGUGAUAUUAGUAUUUGUGUUUAGAUUUUCCAUAUCAGGAAAUGCUCCGAAGGACAUUUAUAUAACGCUCGGUCCGCUAAUUUUAGAAGGUAUAGUAUUAACGUGCCUCGAAAAAUGCCCAUGUUGUGAAUGUAACUCAUGUAACGCGUGUAUAAAAGCUGUCAUAAGAUUUUCUGUAACCCUUACUGUUUACCAUUUUUGUUGGCUGGUGAUCGGAAUUAUGAUUAAUCCAGUAUGGGGACUAGCCGUUUGUUUGAUGGCCUGUAUUUUCGUCCUCGCGUUAACCUUUAUACUCUACCAGAUUUUUAAAUUAGAAGAUUUGCAAUGCAGUGGACGGUGCAUAAAACACAUCUUCAUAUGUUUUGGUACGUUUUGUGGUGGUUGCUCUUUUGUCGUGUUAGCAGUUUUAGCGGGGCAGUCGUUUUAUGGUAGGGAGAGUGCGGAUGAGCUGGUGAAAACUGUACUGUUGUAUGUUAUCAGCGGUUUUAUUUCAUGGUUGUCUUGGAAAAGUAGAAAUUAG